AUGGAGCUGGAAAAGCAAGUGGAUGGAGCUGCUGCCUAUCUUGCUCAUAGCACAACUCAUCCUCCCAUGACGUUGGAAAUGGAAAGGAAAUUGUUGCGCAAAAUCGACUGCAUCCUGGUACCCAUGCUUCUGCUCACCGCUACUCUCGGGGCAGUGGAUAAGGUUGCUCUCAGCACCGCAGCAAUCUACGGACUGGAAAAGGGCUACCUAGAAGCAAUUAUUGUCCCUACAAUCAGCCUCAUAGUCGCCGGAUUCUAUAAAAAGACGGAACAACCUCCACGAAAUGCAAUCGUGUUCGCGGCUUUUAGCUCCGUGAUCAACGGCUUCUUAUCUUGGGCUGUAGGGCAUAUUCCCGAUUCUGCACCUCUUGCUAUCUGGCAAUAUCUGUACCUGAUUGUCGUGUGGUCCAUAACAGCGUUCGUGAUCCUACCGGAAUCCCCGAUGACUGCCUUCUUCUUCACCGAUAGGGAACGAUUCUAUGCAACCCAGCGUCUAGCGGAAAAUCAGACCGGCAUCAUAAAUAAAGAAUGGAAAAGGGAACAGGCUCUUGAAGCGGUUUUGGAUGUAAAAACGUGGAUCCUGUUUUCCUUCAACAUUGCUAUUAACAUUCCUAAUGGAGGCCUGACUACAUUUAGUGGUAUCCUCAUCAACAAUCUUGGCUUCACUGCGGUUAAGGCCUCCCUUCUGAACAUGCCGACCGGAGUAAUGUCCACUGUAUCUGCAUUUUUCUUCUCCUGGCUAGCUGCACGCUGGUCAAAUCGAAGGUGCCUCGUUACUAUGAUGGCAUGCUGUUUGCCCAUUGUCGGCUCAGCCUUGGUGUACUCUCUCCCACGAACAAAUCUUUACACUUAUUUUGGACCGUACGUAGUCGGAAUCUCCAUGGCGCAAGCUAAUACAGCUGGACACACGAAGAAAACUGUGCAGUAUUCUAUUCUGUACAUUGGAUAUGCACUUGGGAAUCUCAUCGGGCCCCAAACCUUCCGUGCCAGUCAAGCGCCCGCCUAUACCGGCGGGUUUAUCGCCAUGUUAAUAUGCUACUGCAUAUGCGUCGGGCUGAUGGGGCUUUACUGGGUCCUGCGCUGCAUUGGGGAUGUGCCUCGCUGCACUCGAUGUAGGACACUGGAUCUGACGUGUGAGGAAUUUUCCUUCGUGGAGGAACCAGUGGAACAAGGAGUUAGUUUAGGCCGUAGAGGAACGUGUUCUAAGCAGCAAAGAAGUAUCCUCAGCCUAAGCAACUCUAAGCCUACCAAUCGAAAUAUGAUAUCGCUAGAUGCGUACAGUGGGCGGUGGGUAUUCCUCAAUCUCACCAUGAAGAAUUACCUCGAGGACACGGGUGAGGUAGACUAUGAUUCCGACGAAGACACAGCCAUGAAGGAUAGCAUUGGGCCGGAUUGUUCUCUCAGCAGCAAUGACAACCCAUACAUCAACUUGCUCACACCACUUGCCUUUUGCCAUCCCACUCUCCGGAAUGCUAUGGUGUCUGUGGCAGCUAAUCAGCUCCGUUUGCUUGGUGAUGCACGAUAUACCAAUGAGGCGGCAUUAUACAAGGAUAGAGCGAUACAGGGAUUGCAGCAGGCAGUCGAGCUUCGAAAUAUAGAUGAUGGCAUAAUAGGCACUAUUUUGAUGCUAUGCUUCUAUGACAUUUCGGAUAAGUGCGAUUCAUCCUGGGUGAAACACCUCGAAGCAGGUCUGGACCUUCUUAACUGCUUGCCUUUGACUGCCUCGUCAAGCCAGGGAUUGCGCAAGUUCUUCCAAAUGUAUUUCGUCGCCCACGAUAUCAUGCGUCGGACGGCAACGCCAGGAAUGAUCAACGAAAAUGGGCGAUAUGGUUGGCAAUUUAUCCCAAGAACGGAUAAACGGACUCUAGUGAACAAAAUGAUAGAUCUCAUUUCGAGUCUUCCUGAUUCUGCGACCUUACUAUGGCCGUUAUACGUUCUCGGACAGACCGCACUGGAUGAUCAGGAUCAUCGUCGGGAGUGUGCGACGAGCGAGGACAGCGAUGAAAGAUACGUUUCGGAUUAUGGACAUGCGAUACUCGGUUCAGAGGAGGGAUGGGAGGUUUGGUAA